AUGUCGGACCGGGAUUCAAACUCUUCCCUGAAACCGGAAAUGCCUCACAUCAGACUCAAUUCGGGCCGUCAAGACCCGUUCGUUGAGUCCGAGGAUGGUUACGCUCCCUUGACCGGCCGCACCAUACCGCGCCCUCUAACGCCCGUCUCUGCUGAGGCACCCGCUACAGUUGGUGCACAAGGUAUGUCGCCGUAUGGAAUCACUGCGCCCGAGUCAUCGGAGUUUCUGCUCCCACCGCGGCUACGACCCACGACACGCGAUGACAAUGAACGGUCUGGAUCACCGGAUAGGUGGUCAGCGGCUCGAUCGAGUAUCAGCUCGAUGAGUCGGGAUAGUCGGUUUCAGAUGGAUCCAUUUGAGGAUUCAAGGGCUCCAUCAGCUCCUUCAUCACGGUCCGGUAGUGAUGAUUAUGAUAUGAAUACACAGACUGUCUCGGAGAAGUUCAACAUUACUCCGUCAGCUGGGUUGCUUCUUUUCCCAGAAGAUGUUGAAAAGGAUGAUUACUUGCAUAAUCCCGAUCCUAUGGAUCAGGAGCGUGAUUGUGAUAUUUGCAAUCGACGAGGUAUCAUGAAUCUCGGCGGAUUGGUUGUGUUAACGGUUGGAAUUUUGGUACUCUUUAUUGGAUAUCCAUUGAUUACAUGGCUAGGAGGUGUUCUUCGGCCAAACCACGUUUGUCAACCUGGUGACACGCUUUGUCUGGACAUUGGCGAGCGGGAUCUAUUGAAAAACAUUCGACAAGGAUUGAUCGACCCUGAUACACCAAAAGAUGCGUAUACGAAGACGGGCGCGGAUGGAAAAGAGCUGAAGCUGGUGUUCUCGGACGAGUUCAAUAUGCCUGGAAGAACAUUCUAUGAUGAGGAUGAUCCAUUCUUCCAAGCUGUGGACCUGUGGUAUGGAGUCACCAUGGAUAAAGAGUGGUACGACCCGGAUGCAGUGACUACGAAUGAGGGUGUGCUGGAAAUUCGGUUCGACAAUUUCAAAUCUCACGAUCUUUCCUACCGGUCUGGCAUGCUUCAAAGCUGGAACAAAAUGUGCUUCAAGGGCGGUCGUCUGGAAGCAAGUCUCUCGCUGCCGGGAGACGGACACAUCCAGGGUUUCUGGCCCGGUUUUUGGGCGAUGGGUAACCUUGCCCGUCCUGGCCACGCAGCCACCACAGACGGCCUCUGGCCUUACAGCUACUACGAUGGCUGUGAUGCCGGUAUCACACCAAACCAGAGUUCCCCGGAUGGAAUCAACUCUCUUCCCGGCAUGCGUUUGCCAGCAUGUACUUGUCCCGACUCAGACCACCCCUCUCCUGGUCGUUCUCGUAGCGCUCCUGAGAUCGAUGUGAUUGAGGGAAGUACUGCGCCGUUAUAUGGAUACGAUGGAGGACCUUUCGUUGGCAGUGCUUCGCAGAGUAUGCAGGCUGCACCUUUCGAUCUCUGGUAUAUGCCUGACUACGAUUUCACUGCCGUAUACGAUUCCCGUGUAACACAGAUCAAUGCUUACCGCGGAGGACCAUACCAGCAAGCGAUGUCAGGGCUUACAAACCUCAAUCACCGCUGGUAUAACGGCACCGAAUACCAAAUCUUCGCCUUCGAAUACAACCCAGGUGACAAAGGAAAUGUCACUUGGUUUGUAGGUGCCGAUAAGACUUGGACGCUGGAUGCUCGCGCCAUCGGACCCAAUGGCAACAUUGGUCAGCGAGUGAUUCCUCUUGAACCCAUGUCUCUGGUAAUGAACCUGGGUAUGGCCGACAACUUUGCGCCGCAGAACCAUUCUAUUCGCGAGUAUAUGCCUGCUUAUCUUCGAGUGGACUUUGUGCGCAUUUACCAGGAUCCGGAUGAUGUUAGCAUUACUUGUGAUCCGCCGGGUUUCGAGACGACCCAGUACAUCGAGGAUCACAAGCGGGCAUACGAAAACCAUAACCUCACUAAUUGGGCGGAUGCCGGCUACACCUGGCCUGAGAACAGCUACAUGCAUGGUUGCUGA